CAACUCGACUGGCUCUCUCCACCUCGUACCUCGCCACCAUGCCGGGCUCAUCCGGCUACUCCACAAGCACAUACUUUGCCCCGCUUCAUGGUUACGACCCACUCAUUCACUCGCCCAUGCCGCUGUUCCGCUACCGCACGCCACCUUCCGCUCCACCCAUCCGCUCGCUCGCCCCGAACAUGCCGUCGCCGUCGCCGCAGCCGCCGAUGCAGCAGGCGGUGCCCAGCUACGUCGCACGCCCUCCCGCCGCCCACUCGACUACCCACAGCACGUCGUACUGUGGCGGUCGCCGCACCCUCCGCGCCUUGGUCAUGGACGAUCUCGAGUACCUCUCGUCAGACACGGUGCCCGAUGGUGACGCCCCGCCGCCGCCGGUCUUCGCCCCGCCGCGCAUCGACAUGCUUGCCUCGACUCACACGUCAGCGCAAGCUGUCCAGGCCGAUGCGCUUGUGUGGUCCGCUCGCGAGCGCCAAGGACGCUCUCGCUCUCGCUCCGCCUCGCGCUCCCGAGCGAGAUCGGCCUCGCGCUCGCGCGCAAGGUCGGCCUCGCGCUCGCGCGCACGAUCGCCCCCGCGCCAGCCGGACACUCAUCGCCUGCCUCCCCGCGACGCACACAUUCAGCAGCUUCUCCAGCACUCGCACACAUCGGCAUCGCUUCCUCUCCGGCUCCCGUGCGCGCUCGCGCUCGCGCUCGCGUCCGCGUUCUCGCUCUCGCUCUCGCUCUCGCUCUCGCGCUCGCCCGCGCUCGCGCUCACGCUCGCGUCCGCAACCCAGGGUCUCGCAACGGCACUGGACUUGGCGCGACUCGCAGCCGAGCCCACCGCGCAAUGCUGCUCUGACGCCGGCAUGCAGCACCGUAGCUACCUCGCCACCGUCUCCGGUGUAUGUGACUCGCCCUAG